AUGGCCAGAAAGAAAAACAACAGAGGUAGUAAUAGAGGAAACAGUAAACUUGUGCGUAGUGAGUCUCAAGAGGAUGAUAUGGCGGGAGCAAGUCCGAAAAUCAACCCCAACGAGGAGAAGUUGAAGAAGACUGUACAAGUGUAUCUCACCAAGUUUGAUGCGAAAUUGGAGGAAAUGCUUGAUGAAUUUGAUAACUUCGAUUAUAGACACAAGCCGUUACUAACCCAAUCUGAGUUUGAGGAAGAAUUUCUUGUCAUUUUGAGUAAGUUAUUACGCAGAUCUAAUAAAUACGAGUUGAUACAUUGCAUUUUCAAAACAUUAGUUGAAAAUUCGUUGAACGACCUACACAAGCUUUUGUGUUUGAUUGAUUUUAUGAUCAAUAUUUCCAAUUACGAUCCUUCAGUCUUCAAGAAGUUGCCCAAUGAAAUUGUUGGUAGUGUUUCAAAAAAACCCCUCUUUUCCAAAAUCGAGGAGUACAUAUAUAAUAGAGGAAGAAUGAACUAUCCAUUUAAAUCAUUCAAUAAAUCCCUAAUUCUUUCUAAAAGUAAAGAUCAAGGACAGGAUAGAAGAGAGACGCAUCAUGAAGAAAACACACCAUUGUUCAACUAUGAUUCUGACGAAUCUGAGGAAGUCGACCAAGCAGAUAUAGCCAAUCAACGGAAAAGCAUGAAUGUCUCCUUAGCUGAACUAACCAAGAAGAUUAUGAGUAAAUCGAAGCAAGUCACAAAGGAAACGAUGGAUUAUGAUCUGAUCAAGAAGGAAGAGUCUGAUGAUGAUGCAUUCUUGAUUGCUAAUUACGAAUCAGAUGAAUCAGAUGAUGACGACUUGAUGCCUCCCCCUGCCUCAAAUGAUUCCGACGACGAGGAGUACACCGAUUCUGCAGCAGAACAACUGACCAAGAAAAAAAAGUUACUUUCCAAGGAAGCACAACUUGAAGAUAUGGUUCGAUCCGAUUCUGACUAUUUUAGUGCAGAAGAGGCGUCUGGUCAUGAACCACAAUCAGAUAUCAACAUGGAGAAUCUUAACACUCAAAUGGACAGCACAACUUCUAUAUUAGAGCAUAACUUUGAUUAUCAGGCUCUUUCUGGGGCAUUAUCUGCGACAACUCUCCAAUCGCUGAAGAAGAUUGGUCAAAAACCCAAGUCAAGAAAAGUAAAGCAAAAACAAACUGAAAAGAAACAAAAGGCUAUUGCAUCAAGGGAAACAAAAUCGCGUAAGCCAAGAUCACCAGUCAAGCGAAAGACAUACUACGUACUUGAAAAAGAUUUAGAUUUCUUGUAUUUGGAAAUCGAACGACGCCUCCCGAAGAUCCAGUCCACCUUGUUGAAAAGUGAAUCCAAAGGGUUUGUUUACAAACCUGCCCAGUAUAGCUUAUUUGCAAAUUUGUCAUCUGAACAAACUGAUAUGGAUGAUAGUGUCAAAAAAUCGACCGACAAUUUGAUCAACAGUUUUGUGUUUCAAACUUACAAGAAAUCUGGAGGUUGUGCUUUAGACAGAACGCAAAUAAUACACCCACUUGAAUAUUCAUAUGUUAUGGAAAACCUAGAAAGACUUAAAGAAUCGGGUAAGAAGCUAGCGCCGAUAGUUUUCAUUGACAGGUUCAGUUCAUUGCUUGAUUAUGAUGGAAAUAUCAACGAAAAGAUAGAUCCGCUAAGAAUAAAGAAUACCAAAGUCAAGGGAUUAAUCAACCUGAAACUAUUUAAUUCAGAAGAUGAAUAUUUUGAAAAAUUCAAGAAGGUUGUACCAAGAGAUAAAGUAGCCGCCCGUUUAAAAUAUAUGAACAGAUUAGUCACGGAUGGAAAAUCUCUUUAUAUUUUUGACUUAUGUGAUGAAAUUGUUCAAGCGAUGGAAAGCGCUCCUCAGCUAAAUUAUGAUAGUGAGGAGGAAGAGGAGAAGCAAAAAGAAACGGCAACACUGGAAAAGCUUAGAGCGGAACGAUUAAACUUUGCUGAAGACCAAGAAGAAGCAACUGAGACAAAUACAGCCUUUAACCUACGGUCCCAAAACAAAGGCGAGUUGUUAAAAGACAUUGAUAAUCCCGUAAAUGAGGAUGCUGUACAUACCGAUGACACUUCUGAUAGUAAAAAUAGCUCUGCGAAUAAAGUUCACAAUUCCUCAGGUUUGAAUGGAGUCAUGCCUACAACUGAAGCAGAGUCCUCCAAAGAUGAUGAGGGAAUACCUCCGCAUGAGGAUUCUACCAAUCGGUUACCCACUUCAAAUGGUGUAGUCAAGAUCCCUGAAGAAAUAGAAGCGAUAACGGCACAAACUAGUAACUCACCUGAAAGUCUUCACGAAACUUCGUCUCCUCAAGAGAUAGGAAAACAUCUCGAGGAAUCUCAAAAUGGGGUAACACCAUUAACUCAAGAACAACCAUAUACCGAGUCUUCUAAUGACGCUCUUAACGAGGAAUCAACUAGUAUCAGUGCCCCAGAUUUAGCUGUCAAUAAGGAAAAUCGUAAUAGCGAUGAUGAAAACGCCAAGUUGAAUAUGAUACCUGGUACAGCUUCUGAAAAAGAUAGCACCCAGUCCCACGAACCUCCCGCAGUGCUUAAAAAAGAUUCAGAGAACCCCCGUCAAGCAAAAACGUUAGUACCUGCUGCUAGAACUAAACAAAAACUGGACGAAAUUAAAGACGAUAGACGAGAGGCGGUUUAUUGUUCAGCUAAAGGUAUCAAUAUUCCUUGUAGUUCCGUUCAGAAGGUGCUUUCUACCGAAGAGUAUUUUGUAUUACUCUCCUUAGUUAUGUUCCCAACGCUAAAGAUUGAGACGAAGUUUGAAGGCUUACACCCGCACUUCUUGAAGUGUCUAGGUCAAGCGUAUAAUGCUUUCAGGCCAUAUUUGAUGUCACUAUUUGCAGAAGAUGUCAUAAAUUUCAAUAAUCUCCCAAACUUUUUCAAGGUUGAUAGCGUAUUAUUUGAGUUACAACUUCAAGAAGCUAUUAAAUCAUUCCAAGUGGUUUCAUCUAGAAAAUACAAAUAA